UGAAGCCUCAUUUGUCUGUUCGCUGUCAUUACCUGGUAUUGUGGCUGGCUUUUAGGAAGCUUUCAGUAGUUAAUUAAAUCUCUGGGGUCUCUAAGAGGUUAACUAACUUUACCAAAGUCACACAACUAGUUACAGACUUGUUGAUAACGGAUAUGACCUGGGUUGUUCUUGAGUAGGUCUUCAUUUGGUAUUUAUUGAAGAGGUUUUGUUUCUUGUUGCAUACUACAAUAGAGUGUGAGCUUUAUAGAAAUUUUCCAUCUAAAGAGACAAGGCUUAAAAGGUUCAAAGUUGAAAGCAAUGUGAGUGGUAAAGACUACUGAAGGAGUCCAGAACAUGAAGGGGCCAGCCCUCCAUGUUACGUUAUACCUUGUGUUAUGGCAAGGAAACUUUCUUAGAGGAGGCAGGAAUUCAGCUGUGCUUUAAAGGAUGGGUGAUUGUGGACAAGCAGAAAGGAAGGAGAGUAUUUGGGGCUGGCAAGUGGACAUGUUUGCAGGAGCAUGACACCAACCUGUCUGAAUUGGUUUUAUGUAGAAAAGAUUUGUAAUGGUUUGGAGGAAGGGGAGGGUAUGGUAAGGAAAGGGUCAGAUGGUGGAGGAUUUUUAGGGCCAGCUUCACACAUUUGGACUGAAUCUUGAGAAUAAGGAGCUGUUGAUUUUGUAACAUAAAUGCUCCCUGAUGAAAUGGUUUAGUGGUGGAUGGAAGUGGCAGCAUUUAGAAGGCCAGGAGGCUGUGCAGUGAUCCAGUCGUCUGGGGAUCUAGAGAAUGACGAGCAGGCAGCCAGCGCCAUCUCGGAGCUGGUCAGCACAGCUUGCGGUUUCCGGCUGCACCACGGCAUGAACAUACCCUUCAAGCGCCUGUCUGUCGUCUUUGGAGAACAUACGCUGCUGGUGACUGUGUCAGGACAGAGAGUGUUUGUCGUGAAGAGGCAGAACCGAGGCCGGGAGCCCAUUGACGUCUGAGCCUGCCAGAGGGCAAGGGCCGGAGGAGGCCGACUGGGUCCAUGAGUCUUUUGCGGACUGGGUCCAUGAGUCUUUUGCGAUGAGGAAGGUGCAGAUGUCCUCCACCUCUUUCUUGGCUUGCUGCUAGAACUAGGCCCUCUGCUCGCCCACUUCCCCACCCCUACCUGGAAGGGUGAAGGCUUGGGAAUUGCGCUCAAUGUCAAGGGCCAGGUGUCCUCCCCUUUCCUUCUCUCCCUCCUAAUAAACAUGAAUCUGAUGUUU